CGGACGUCCGCACGUGGUUGCCGGUUGCUGUAGUGGAGUUACUUUCUGCUGCUGCUGCCCCAAGUUGGGAAGCGGGGGGCCAUGGACGGCCAGAGCGUGGAGGAGCUGCUGGCCAAGGCGGAGCAGGAGGAGGCGGAGAGGCUGCGGCGCAUCACGGUGCACAAGGAGCUGGAGCUGGAGUUCGACCUGGGCAACCUGCUGGCUUCGGACCGCAACCCCCCGACGGGGCUGCGCCAGGCCGGACCCUCGCCCGAGGCCGAGCUGCGGGCCCUGGCGCGGGACAACACGCAGCUGCUCAUCAACCAGCUGUGGCGGCUGCCGACCGAGCGCGUGGAGGAGGCGGUGGUGGCGCGCCUGCCGGAGCCCGUCACCCGCCUGCCCCGCGAGAAGCCGCUGCCCCGGCCGCGGCCGCUCACCCGCUGGCAGCAGUUCGCGCGCCUGAAGGGCAUCCGUCCCAAGAAGAAGACCAACCUCGUGUGGGACGAGGUGAGUGGCCAGUGGCGGCGCCGCUGGGGCUACCAGCGAGCCCGGGACGACACCAAGGAAUGGCUGAUCGAGGUGCCUGGCGGCGCCGACCCCAUGGAAGACCAGUUCGCCAAGCGGCUUCAGGCCAAGAAGGAGCGCGUGGCCAAGAACGAGCUGAACCGGCUGCGGAACCUGGCCCGGGCGCACAAGACGCAGAUGCCCAGCGCAGCCGGCCUGCACCCCACGGGACACCAGAGUAAAGAGGAGCUGGGUCGCGCCAUGCAGGUGGCCAAGGUCUCCACCGCUUCGGUGGGGCGCUUCCAGGAGCGCCUCCCCAAGGAGAAGGCGCCCCGGGGCACCGGCAAGAAGAGGAAGUUUCAGCCCCUCUUUGGGGACUUGGCAGCGGAGAAGAAGAACCAGUUGGAGCUACUUCGAGUCAUGAACAGCAAGAAGCCUCAGCUGGACGUGACGAGGGCUACCAACAAGCAGAUGAGGGAGGAGGACCAAGAAGAGGCCGCCAAGAGGAGGAAAAUGGGCCAGAAGGGCAAGAGAAAGGGGGGCCGGCAGGGACCUUCGAGCAGGAGAAAAGGGGGGCCGCCGGGCCAGGGAGAGAAGAGGAAAGGAAGCUUGGGAGGCCAGAAGCACUCCAGGCCUCCCGCUUUCGGUGGCAAGAAGAAAGGAGUGCCGCACCAAGGUGGGAAGAGGAGGAAGUAGUAGUCUCCCCCCCGGACCUGUUCUGCAAAGCGAGGACUGUCUGAGCUAAGGGUUAAAUUGUGCACACCACCGCAGGCUGGUGCAGGGGGCAGCUGCCCCCAUUGGAGAUUAAAGGGACCGGCUUGGCUCCCCUCGGGAGAGUCGGUGCUGGACUACGAAUAAUCUCUUCCCCACAACAGAGACACUGGCUGGAAAUUAAGGGCAUAUUUUGAGAACAUGAGAAUUAGAGAAAUAAUGUGGUCAGAAUCAGGAGUAAGUUAACCGCCUGCUUUUUUUU